AUGCCGGCCUUUGGCAAAGAUGAGCGCAAAGAAAUGGACGAUGAAAUCUACGUAAACCUGACAUUUGCCGGCGUCGAUGGUAUGCUCAUGCCCGCCAACACUGCUAGGCGAGUUAUUGCCACAAACUCCAUUGUGGCCGUGGCCCAGAUCGAGUGCUUCCUGGGGAAGGGUCUGGGCCGCCCGGCCUUUGAUGGAGAAUACCGGGUGGCGACUCCGGUUGCUCCGUAUGGAUCCGGAUUUGGACCCUAUGAAGGAGCACCGCCCCGCGUUCGACCUCAUCUCGACCGCGCCGACGUGGAUCUGGGGCUACUACGACGAGCUCUCUACGACUGUCGGAUCGUUCCUAUCAGAUUCUAA